UUCGAACCCGGGCUCAGACAUUUUGAUUUUGCUGGAACGCGUCUUGCCUUUACCUUCACGGCUUUUUGGUUCCGAGUUAAGAAAGGAGAAAAGAAAAAGAAAAAGAAAAAACAAAGCCGAAUUCUUCUUCUUACCAAGGAGGACCUGCACAAAUCCCCUGUUACGCAUUUCUCCAACCAGCAGACCUGUUUUGUUGUUCUCUGUGUUUUCUUCAAAUUCGUACUCUUCUUUUUUGCGAAAUCUUUUGCUUUUAUUCUUGUUUGAAUAUUUCUAGAUAUAGAUUUCUAGGGUUUCUAGCUCAGAGUUUUAUUCGAUUGAACAAUCUCAACCUGUUCCGAUCAAAUGGAUUGGGGAAACGUGACCACCGAGGAUCUGAUCGAAGCUCUUCGCGAAGUCGAUUGGUCGUCUCCUCCACGUCCGCCGUCUGAAUUCCUCUCAAGAUUCACUGUUCCCCGAUCCUACUCCAAAUGGAACAGUCGCCUCAAGUGCAACCUUUACUAGUAAGAUUUCGUUCCCUUUCUUUUUUGGAAUUAGGUCCAUGUCAUGUAUGGUUUACUGCAAUUUUCUAAGCACCUGAACGACCACACACCAUCGAUUUUUCUUGGUUUCGCGUAGUGUUGGUUUUAGCAGUUUUGAAGCAUUUUGGAAUUCAGAUAAUGGAUUUUUUAUUCGGCUCAAGGUUAAUUUGCGAAUGAAUAUGAGCAUAUGCGAGUAUUAUUAGACCCUCAAUCUGAUAUUGGCAAAUGAACCUGGGUGGGCUGGUGUUUGAUGCUGUAAUUUUGGGUUUCUUACGGUGUUCUGUCCUUGAUUUGUUUUCAUGGUUUUUCUUCUUGUGCAGCUACAGGACAAAUUACUUCAUUAUGAUCGUUAUCAUUCUUGGCAUAGGAUUUCUUACAAGGCCUCUUGCUAUUGUUGCUGCUUUGUUGACAGCUCUCAGCAUUGCUUUUCUCAAUGAUAGCUUUGCAGCUUCUUUCAGUGAAAAGGUUACCAGAACAGUGAGGCAGUUUUCUCCUCAUUUAGCUGCAAAGAUGAGACCUCCCCUCACGCCUGUUCUUCGAGGAAAACCAUCUGCAAAACGAGCCAUUCAUAUUUGUGGACGGCCCCGCUGGGUGUUUGUCUUGGUGUUUUCAACUGUUAGUUUCAUCCUUUGGUUCGCAUCCUGUGGCUUGUUAAUGGUGUUAUGGGCUUUUGCCUUUGGUCUAUUUGCCACUCUCCUUCAUGCAAGCUUCAGGACCCCAAAUCUGAAAGCUCGGCUAAACACAUUUCGUGAAGAAUUCCGUGCAGUUUGGCGAAAUUAUAGUGAACUUUAGAUCAAUGGGCUUCAUUUUCUGGUGCCCUCAUUCUUGUGGUGAAGCUCUCUGCUUUUCCAGUUGGUCGUGCUUCCUGGUGCCAUGCUGCUAAAUAUGAUAACUUUUUGCACCUCAGCAACUGGAUUCUUGGUCUGCUCUUUUGCGCAUUGGUAGGAAAGUUGUAUAUUACUCUUGAAUUGUUCCCCAUGGUUAACAGAAAACUCAAUUAUGAUGGACAUGUUGGUUACUUUUAUGCAGAAUUUAAUUGCAUAAGUUUUUAGAAGCCUGGAGAAAGUUUGUUACCACAUUUAUGGAAUGGUUCACUCUUCUGGCUUUGUAUAUACAAUGUAAUGUUCUUCUAUACCAUCAUUAGGCAGUCUCUAAGUUCCUGUCUCCAUUGUUGCAUGGCAUAUGUAGUUUUUUAGAUCUUUUUUAUUAUGCUACUUUGAUCUGGAAAUGAUUCUCCCCUAACAAGAGUUUUUUCCUCCUAAAAUAACUUUAUCUAUAACCUAAACUGAAACCUUAGUCCUUAUUUUAACAUUAUUUACAGCCACCAAUAAAUUCAUAAUGUUACUAUUUUUUUUUUAACCUCUUCACCUGUCUUCUUCCCCUCUGCUUGACCCACGGCAACUCCUCUCACACUCCUUUCAUCAUCAUUCCUGAAAAACCCCAAAAAGCUUACUACCAUCUUCUUUUUUCUUAAUCAAUUACAAACUGAGCCUCCUCUUAUUCCAAGAAUGGAAACUAUGACCCUUUAGGUGAGCUUAAUUUUAGAAUUUUGGUCGCGAUGGGCAGUGUCCUUUAAGCGAGCUUAAGGACAGUUUAUUAGACAAGGUUAUUUUAGAAAAAAGACUCCCCCUAACAAUCUGUAACUAGGUUGUCUAAGCUUUAAUAACUCAGUUUCUUGUCGCGGAUGGCAUGAUUUAUUAAACGAAAAGCAGUUAAUUCGCGACUGUAAUCGACAUUCGACACAGGAAGUUGGAGACCUCACUGCGUGGGAUGCCUCUCUAUGGAAGUAUUGAAGCUUUAAUUUAACACAG